ACCAAGUUGCCAAGUCGGGAGAUUUCACGCCGAAUAAACACAGGUCUCACUGCCUUGACAUUGAAGGAAAAUAUUUUUGUCUUUUUUCAAGGUUAUCUUGAUCGCCAGACCGGGACUACGACAUCCUAAAUCCGGUAAAGUUUGUGAAGGGGAAGAUUAUUUAAUGUUCCGUUUGGCUUCCAACUUGUUACCUGAGCGAGCAGUUCAGUUCCUUACUGCUUCCUACUUCAGAGCCAACGCGUGGUAUAGUGUCGGUGCAGGAAAAUUCCACAGUGCGCAGGUUUUAGUCGAACAUCCAAAUAUGAAGAUCAAGAUUCUACCAGCACUCUCUGACAAUUACAUGUAUUUGUUAAUGGAUGAAACCACAAAGGAAGCAGCCAUUGUGGACCCAGUGGAGCCAAAGACAGUCCUGGCAGCUGUGGAAGAGGCAGGAGUCACCCUCACUACUGUCCUGACAACCCAUCAUCAUUGGGAUCAUGCUGGUGGAAACAAAGCAUUAGUCGAAACAUUCGACAAACCCCUGAGAGUCCUUGGGGGUGAUGACCGCAUUGAAGCCCUCACGCAGAAGGUUUCCCAUGGAGACAAGUUUACAGUGGGCAACCUGAACAUCGAAUGUCUGUUUACCCCAUGUCAUACGCAGGGUCAUAUCUGCUAUAAUGUCACGUCUGAAGAUGCAAGUCAGAAGCCAGUUGUGUUUACAGGUGACACUCUUUUCCUUGGUGGUUGUGGAAAAUUCUUUGAAGGAAAUGCCACUGAGAUGUAUAAAGCUCUGAUUGAAAUUCUUGGUUCCCUUCCUGAUCACACUGAAGUAUACUGUGGUCAUGAAUAUGCCUUGCAAAAUCUUGCCUUUGGGUCACAUGUUGAGCCUGACAAUGAAGCCAUCAAGCAGAAGAUUGCUUGGGUGAAGGGACGCAGGGAUGAAGGACUGCCAUCAGUGCCUUCUACAAUUGGUGAAGAAAAGCAGAUCAACCCAUUCAUGAGAGUGAAUGAGAGCCCUGUUCAGAAACACGCAGGAACAAGCGAAGGAAUAGAGACCAUGGCAGCUGUCAGGAGAGAAAAGGAUAACUGGAAAGCUCCCAAACACUAAAUGCUGCCUAAAAUACAUAAGAAUGAUGUUAUAACCCUGGUAUACCUUUAAUUUCUCUUGCUUUUUUUUUUCUUUUUUUCUUUUUUUUAUUAGGAAGGAAAUGUCUGUAAGAAAGGUAUUGUGUAUUGUGCAGAAAAUCACUUAAAAUUCUUAUUUACAAGUAUAAAUAGAUGCUGUAACUCCAAGUAAAACUUCCGCAUCCAAACGAUUCAGAGACUUACAUAUCAGCAUGAGUAAUUUUAAAGUCUUCUUGAACCUUCAUAAUAUAUUGCUCAAGUAGAGUUGCAGCCAUAUUGCUAAUUGUAUAUACAUAACAGACUCUCUUCAUCUUCAGUAUUGUAACAAGAAAAAAAGUGUAGAUAACAAUAGAUAAAAGAGAAUGAAAAUGUGACUGCCAUUGGAUUCUGCUCUGAGAACUGGCUUCUUAUUAAACAAAAGAUAUGUAGGGCAUUACUCAUAAUAUUUUACAGGUUUGUUAUGUGUAUUAUGAGAGCUUGAACUUUUUGUAAUUCUGCCAGUAUUCUAAUAAAGUCAGGAAUGAUA